AUUGGGUUCAGGCCACACCUCUGCGUGAAGAAUGUCACAGUCAGAUUGAGAAGUUUGAACGGUACGCACACAUCACGGUCUUUAGUCUGUUUUACAUACAUGCGUAAAUGGCGUACCACAACCAGUACAGACCUCCUCACUAUAACAGCGCGCCGCCUGAUCAGACGUUUCUGUGGAGUAUAUUUCAGAGGGUGGACAAAGACAGGAGUGGCGCAAUCUCAGAUACAGAGCUUCAGCAAGCUUUAUCAAAUGGCACAUGGACACCAUUCAAUCCUGUGACUGUCAGAUCAAUUAUAGCAAUGUUUGACAGAGAGAACAAAGGUGGAGUGAACUUUAAUGAGUUUGCUGGUGUAUGGAAAUACAUCACAGACUGGCAGAACAUCUUCCGCACUUACGACCGUGACAACUCAGGGUUCAUUGACAAGAAUGAGUUGAAACAGGCUCUCACUGGCUUUGGGUAUCGUCUGUCAGAUCAGUUCUAUAACACGCUGAUAGAGAAGUUUGACCGGCAGAGGAAAGGACAAGUAGCUUUCGAUGACUUCAUACAGUGCUGCAUUGUACUACAGAGGUUAACUGAUGUCUUCAGACGAUAUGACACAGACCAGGAUGGCUGGAUCCAGGUUUCCUAUGAGCAGUAUCUCUCGAUGGUCUUCAACAUUGUAUAGCAGAACACAACCAGAAACACUAGUGCCAAGCAUCAAAUUGCUCUCUUUCUACUGGUCUUCCACCAGUGGCACCAUACACCACCUCACUGAAGUUUUAAGGGACUGGAGAUUUGGGCUUCAGAUUGAUGUAUUUUUUUUUUUUUUGCCUGUCUGUCUGUCUUCAUCUUUCUUUUUGUUAAACAUAGUAAAAAGAUUUUUCAUAUUAAAGAACUUUGCAUUAUAAACUGCAUUGUAAAUGUCAUGAUAACAUUCAGAUGCAUGCCUUCUGAUAAAUUUCAUUGUCAAAGCAUGAAUUAACUUGUUCUGAGUUUUCUGUUGAAGCCAUGUUUACAGUGAAAACUUUUUAAAUGUGUAUUUGAACAUGCAGAAACAUUUUAUUUGAGAUACUUUUGUAUGGUCGUGUGCAUGAAGCUUUUCAACUGCAAAAAUGCCAAAUGUUUUAUUAAAAAAGAAACAUUCAAUAAGGGUUUUUUUUUCCCCUGUGGGCUUGGCUUCCUCUUGAAAUUUAUAAAAGAACAUGACGAGACGUGUAAAAAAAAACACACAUGAUUAGCUGCAUUUCACCAAAGAAAAAAAUUGUGUAUUGAUAGUCAGCAGCAGAUAUGUAUGUGAUAUUUUGUCUCUUUGCUAAAUAAAUAUUUGUAAUCACUA